AUGGAAGAAGCGGCACAAUUAGAUUGGAAGGCUACACUCAGUGAUACAGAGCGUCAAGACAUCGUUCAGAAAAUUACUGAGCUGAUACAUAGGUAUAAACCAGGUGUUCCAGCCAAUGAACUAUUGGAGCAAUCAAGAAAGUAUGAGAUCAGUGUGUUCAAUAAGCCUCAUCAAUCAAAAAACAGUUACUUCCAGAUGGUCGCCAAACUCCUGGUCCGACUUGAACAACAACAGCAGCAACAACAACAGCAACAACAACAACAGCAACAACAACUACAACAGGGAGGAGGCUUCCAACAACAGCCACAGCCACAACAACAUCAACAAAAUGUAAAUACACAUCAACAACAACAACAACAACCACAUAUUGGUGGAAGUGAACAUUCAUCACCAAUGCAAUCUCAAAUGUCACAUCAACAUCAACAUCAACAGCAGAAUGUAGCCCAACUGGGUGGUGGAUCACCUUAUGUAUUCAAUAGUCCACAGCCACAACAAACAACACCAAUGCAAUAUGGUGGUCAGCCAAUGGUAUCGCCUCAACUGCCAACGACACCUGGGGUAGGCAUGCCUGGCACUGUCACGGGAGUGCCAAUGACCACACCUACCACCCCGUCAGGGUCCUCAAUGCCAUCGUUCACUCCGCCAUCCAAUCAACAAAUGCAUAUACUACAGCUACAGAAUAGAUUGAAUGAGAUUGGUUCGGACCCAGCGCAUCACAUGGAGGCUGAGAGGCUACGAGCUGACCUCAUCAAGAUACAGCAACACCAACAACAGCAGCAGCAACAGUUCAUCAAUGCACAGAGGGUGCCCACGGGAUCAAUGAGCACUCCUCCGCCCCCAAGUCCACAUGGCACCUCCACUCAAGUGCCCUCGAAACUCCCGGCACAAGUGCCUCACCCAAUGAAGGGUACGCCCUUGGUGCGUACUCCAUCAGCGACUGCAUUGCCUACGAAUCUUCCAAACAAUGUACCAGCGGCAGCUGUUCCAGUCAAAAUGGCAACGCCAUCAACACCACCAUCAGUUGGCCUCCCCACACCGAACCAGACAGCCAAGGCGAAGCCGUCGGCACCUGCCCCGUCACCAGCUACGGCCACGGCCACGGCCACAGCUCCAGCUCCAGCCACAGGCACGACCACAGCCACUACAAACACACAAACUCCUGAGCAAAGAUACGUCAUCUUACUCAAGAAGCUCAAGGAGUAUGCCAAUAUUAUUGAGCCAAUCAUUCAUGGCAUCGAGACAACGCCAGCAUCACAGGCCAACAAGAAGAAACUGUUGGACAUCAUACAGAUCAUCAAGAAGACGCCCGAGUCUGGGCCCUUUGAGCUCAGGUACGAGGCACUGGAGAUGUACGAGAAGGAGUUUGUUCGAAUAUAUCAGACGACAGUGCUCAGCGAAGACUAUCAGAUGAAGAGGAUGAUCGAUGUGAUAAACACCUCGGAGAAUGAGGGUAUACUGCUGGCGAUUGAGAAGGAGAUAUUGACGGCGUUUGAGCGAUCCAAACGCUUUGUGUCGACGACCCAUCUCAACAGAGCCGGCGGUAUAAGCUCACGUGGAUUCACUCUUUGGUUCAAGAAUCCCAUCCUACACAACCCUUACAAUGACGCGCCACCAAGUGACAACAUCCAACCAAAGAGGAAGUUGCCCCUUAAGCUAAGCCUUGAACAGAAUGAAUCGCUACAAAAGAGACUGAGAGACGAUCCAUCAAAGGCAGCCAAGAGCCCAUCCGAUAUUAUGUACGAUCUUAUUAGAGUAUCAAAGUCAGAUAACAAACUACUACCAGCAACAAUCAUCGACACGGAGACGAUUGUCAUUACCGAGGUUGUCAGCAGACAGCCAACCAACCUCUAUAUACACUUUCAAGCCAAAGAGAUUUCACAUCGUUGGACAGGGCCUGGUACCAAUCCACCUCUAUUUAUUCAACGGUAUCCAUCCAUUCAGAUAUCAACUGACGCCGAACUGUACCGCAUUCAGCCGCUGUGUCGAUGCGCUUGGGACAGCGCCGAAUCAAUCAUCGAACGCUACAAACAGUCAUUGAUCAGAGGCAACAUUAUCAAACAGGAGUUGGCACAAUUGGCCGAGCGCAAUCUAUACGCGAUGGACACGGUGCUCGACCAACGCGACUCUGCCAUCCAGUUUCACUUCACAUUCAACAACACAUCCAACAAGCCUCCCAUCUCACUCAUCGUACUUCCACCAGACAACUAUCCACAUCAACCAGUGUCCUUUAGAUUUCCAAUCGAAUAUGAUAUAUCACCGUUCCUUCAGUCAAUUCAAAGGUCGAUGGAGAUGGAGUGGCAAAAGAGAAUGGUAAACAAGCCAGCGAUGAAUGGUAGUGGCGGCACCUCGAACGCAGCGGCAACAACUUCAUCAACAGGGUUUGGAAGGAUCAAAGAUGUAUUGGAUGUAUUCGAACAGGUUGUGGACAAGAAUAGCUGA